AUGUGCAGAUUGUUGUGUACAGAAAUAGCAAAGGCUGUGCCGGCGAAUGCUGAAUUUGUGUCCAUGGACCGUUGCGAGGACCUCGGUGACAAGCUUGAUUGCCUUUGGGUGUACCCUGAGUACGGAAAGCGCAAGAUGGAGGACCCAAUGGCUAUAAUCUAUUGCUACGCCGACGAAGGUCAGUUGCUGCCGGAACGAGAUGUGAAGCGGACGAUUCACUUCGCCGCAGACCAGAUGUACUGGGAGUGUGGCAAGAUCUCCGUGGGCGAAGACCAUUCCAACGCACAACAUCGCGCGGACAUGUAUUUCCCUACGAGGUCCCUUCUAUGCUUGGUUGAUGACUUCCGAGAGUUUCAACGCACGCCGCAGCGAAACAAGGAGGAACAGUUCAAGUUACUUAAUGGCGUACACACCACCUGGGCCAAAAUCGUCAUGCAUUACUCCAGGUGUGGGCUGACCAGGCCUGGGGAAAAGUUACCUGCGCUCCUCUCCCUCUCACUGGCGCUUGGAAAUAUGCUCGGCAACCCAUUCCACGAAGGGCAUUACUUCGACAACAGCCCUCAUGUGCUCGACGGACUUCUCUGGAUGGCGUACAAAGAUAGCACUCUCACCAGACCACCUCAGAACCGUGCGCCUUCGUGGUCCUGGGCAUCUGUAGACGGUGAAAUCGAGUUCAUCGGCCAAUGCUACCGCGACCCCGACGAACGGCACCCUGACCCGAAUGACCUCAGGAUACUGCGGGUGGCUGAGCACCGCCCUGCAGGCCUGCCCCCACGCCGCGCUCUCCUGGUCUCGGGGGUCUCGCUCAAGUGCUCAGCACACGGGGCUUUCCAGACAGCGGCAGGCCAAGACGAUCCCGUGACCAGGCGCUGUGGCCAUGGAUACCAGAGCACGCAAGUACUGGACUCAUUCUAUACGAAUGAUGGGGCAAUGUUUCCGGGAUGGCUAGCACAUGAUGUCGCCGAGGAUAGACCCUGCCGAUUCUGGCUCAUAAAUGUCUACGCCCUGCGCAUGCGCUUCGAGCGCACGCUGGUCUACUACGUCCUGAUGGUGAAGCCAGCGCCUGGUCAUCCUUUCAAGGGUCGCGUUUUCCAGAGGGUUGGACAGGGGCUUAUUAAGGACCCCAACUGGAUUAGGAAUCUUGAUUCGAAGUUCAUAGCGCUGAUAUAG